AUGGAACCAGUUGCCCUGGAAUAUUUUGAAAACAAUAUGGGGACAACGAUUCAAACAUGUGGUUUAAUCAUUGAUGAAGAUUACCCGUUCUUCGGAGCAUCGCCUGAUGGGCUUAUUGGGAAUGAUAGCAUAAUUGAAGUGAAAUGUCCGUAUUCGGCAAAAGACUAUCCUACAGUUGAAGAGGCUAUCAAAGAUAAAAAGAUAAAAUUCUUAAAAUUAAAUGAACGUGGAGAAAUAUCUUUAAAAAAAGAUGAUAACUAUUUCUAUCAAAUAAUUGGGCAGUUGAGAAUUUCCAAAAGAGAUAUCUGUCAUUUCAUUGUGUAUUCGCAUAAUUGGCAACAUGUUGAAAUAAUUAAAUAUGAUCCACAAUUUUGGAUUGAUAAAAUGGAAUCUAAAUUAAAAAGAUUUUAUUACGAAUGUUUAUUGCCCGAGAUCGUUGAUCCGCAGUUUGGCAAACGUUUUUUGACGAGCGAUAUCAUCGACCCAAAUUAUAUUAUAACUGCUCAAAAAUCAAAAACAAAGAAAUAA